AUUCAAGAUGGCAGCGUCCGUAAAACAACAACUCGCCGCGUUGGUUAAUUCUGGAGGCUCUCAUAAAGACCUCACUGAGAAAUACCGUACUGUCCUUGAUGCAACAUUAAAGACACAAGGUGCAGACCUGUCUGAAGGUUUGAAAGUGUUUGUUGAAGCAAUGGUGAAUGAGAACGUGAGCUUGGUCGUAUCUCGUCAAAUCUUAACAGAUUUCUGUAGUCACUUGAAUAAACUGCCUGAUAAUGAGGCAAAAGAUGUGUCACAUUACACACUAGACAAGAUACAACCGAGAGUUAUUUCCUUUGAAGAACAGGUUGCAUCAAUUCGACAACACCUUGCAAAUAUUUAUGAAAGAGAAAGCUGUUGGAAGGAAGCUGCUAAUGUGUUGGUUGGCAUUCCUCUGGAGACAGGACAAAAGCAAUAUUCCAGUGACUACAAGUUAGAGACAUAUCUCAAAAUCGCACGGUUAUAUCUUGAGAAUGAUGAUCCAGUACAGGCUGAAGCAUACAUCAAUCGUGCUUCAUUACUCCAGGCUGACUCACAGAAUGAAGAAUUACAGAUUUACUACAAGGUUUGCUAUGCUAGGGUGCUUGACUAUCGGAGGAAGUUCAUUGAAGCUGCUCAGCGUUAUAACGAACUCUCAUACAAACCAAUUGUUGCUGAAAAUGAAAGAAUUACAGCAUUGAAAAAUGCACUGAUUUGCACAAUCUUGGCGUCAGCUGGCCAACAGAGAUCACGCAUGUUAGCCACAUUAUUCAAAGAUGAAAGAUGCCAAUCAUUACCACAUUAUGGAAUACUGGAGAAAAUGUAUUUGGAUAGAAUAAUUCGAAGCAACAAUUUACAAGAGUUUGAAGCUCUCCUCCAACCUCACCAAAAAGCUGUCACUUCUGAUGGGUCCACCAUCCUUGACCGUGCUGUGAUUGAACACAAUCUACUUUCUGCCAGUAAACUCUACAACAAUAUCUCCUUUGAGGAAUUAGGAUCUCUUUUAGAAAUUCCUCCAAUGAAGGCUGAAAAGAUAGCAUCUCAGAUGAUAAGUGAGGGACGAAUGAAUGGUUGCAUUGACCAGAUUGAUUCAAUUGUUCAUUUUGAAAAUCGAGAAGCGUUACCAAGCUGGGACAAACAGAUUCAAAAUCUAUGCUUCCAAGUGAAUAACAUUAUUGAAAAGAUUGAACAACAAGCUCCCGAGUGGAUUGCCAAAUCUAUUGAUGAACAAAUGGCUGUUUCUUAGAAAGAGAUCCACUACAUUGUAUUGAAAAGUACUUUUGCUAUGUGCUGCAAGUACAUACUCUUGCUCAGUGUGAACAAAACAUGAAGAUGUGAUGUGGCAUUAUAUUCAAGCUCAGCAAAGGAGUAUCAAAGGUGACUGGAGCUAAUCGUGUGCUAUGUAAAGUGUCGAGUUGUGUCAUAAUCUGACCACCACUCAUUUAUCUUGUCAUUACGAAGCUAAAUAAGCAAGUUAUGUGACUUUAUGAUUAUUUGCUUGCAUAUAAUAAAUUUUUCGAACAUUAA